GCGCUUUUAACGAGGCACCUUCAGCCUCGGAGUUUUGGCUGGCUGGGUCUUCCCUGAACUUUGGAGCCCUGGCCUGUGACGUACCAGUGCAGCUGGGAAGUUUUCUGGUGUUUGUGUGCGGGAAAGUGGAAGUGAGUGAGCCCAAGCAACUGCAUCAAAGAUGGCUACGGAUGCAGCUUCAGCCACGACAGGCCCCCGGUCUCCGACGAAUCGAGGACCUACUUCUCCAGUGCGGACCAGGUCCUGAUGGCCUCGAUGGUUCUGCUGGUGGAGCCAGGAAGUACAGCGACUACAGAAUGGAGAGCGCUCCAGUCUGGGACGGCGAGCGGCCAGAGUCUGAGUACCGGGAGUACGUUCGGAAGCUGAAGCUGUGGUUGAUUGAGGCGCGUGAGCGCCUUCCUUCGUCUUUGAUUGGCAAGGGCAUCCUGGAUGCUAUACCUUACGCCAGCCGUUUGUCCUCCGUGGUGGCACAUUUAUCAGUUGAGGAUAUAACCGCGGAGAAUGGCUGGAAAGAAGUGGUCAAGUGCAGCGAGGAGGCCCAUGACUACCUCAAAGUGGCAAAGCUGGAACAGGCCUUUAAUGCUGCCAUCUUUGGUGGCAGGAGGAAGGCCGGGCAGACCAUCACCGGCUACUUGGCCACGAAGAAAGCAGCCUUUGCAGAGUUACGGAAGCAAGGCCUGGACUUGCUGGAGAAUGAAGCAGGCCAACACCUGCUUGGCCACCUGGUGAUGAGGCAGGGUGGCUUCAGCCAGGAUGAGCAACAGCGCAUCCGGGUGCUGACGGAUGGCUCUGUGGACUUCAGGAAGGUGGAGCUGGCGAUCCGGAAGGUCUUUGCCGACUCGAUCGAUGACGCCGGUUUGUAUAAGGGUCGUUCCUCCUACUGGGGUGAGUUCGGUGAACCUUCUGAGGAGGAUUUCUAUGACUACGGCGAGCAGGCCUCCUACGGCGACCAGACCUACUACGGGCACUCGCUGUACCCGGACGACCCGGACUUCACCUUGGACCUUGACCCGUUCGAGGAUCUGCUUGAGGUUGAUGACGGUGGCUCAGUUUUCCUUUGUCUCGAUGAGCCUCUUCCCCAGAUGCUGGAUGAAGAUGAAGCUGUGGCCUACACGGGCGAGCCUAUGUGUUCGGCGAGGCAAGGAGCGUGGAAGCUCCUCGGACAAGGGGUUCGGCAUCUAUGGCUAGAAUCUAUGGAACCUAUGCCGACCAUCGCCGAGCUCUUCAAGAUGCCCGGACGAGCCGUGGUUUUGGAAAUGGGAAAGGGCAUGGUGGCGACCACCAUAGGACUGCCCGCAACGACGCAGAGCACCAGUUCCUCCGAGCCCCCGCGGAACCUCGAGCACUGGAAGUCAACCUGGUGGCCGUUCCGGGACGACAGUGGCUCAGAGUUCUGGUGCGCAGCUGGAAGUGACAAUGUGUCAGGUUUCACGGGAUUUUCCAUGGACUCAAGUCAGAUGAGUGAACCUGGUGUGCCAGCAAGUGCCUCGCCGAUCCCAGCGCAAUCGUCGCUGGCGAAGGAGAGUUUCUUUGAAGAGCAGUUUGCGACCCCGUCGGAAUACAUGCUGACUCUCUUGUCUUUCACGUUUGCCUCUUGCGAGACCGAGUCCUCGGGUACCGCCCUAGUGGAUACUGCUGCUCAACAUGGCCUAAUCGGAAGUGACACCCUGGCUAGGGUGGCACUGUUCGAGGGGUAUGUGGCUCUGAAGAAGUUACUCGUGUGGCCUACAUUCCGAUCGGUCUUGGGGGUCGAUGUGGUAUACUACGGGUCCAAGUUGCUGUCUGUUGUGCAAUCGAUGAACCGCCGAUGGUAUGUUCCUGCAACGUAUGACUUUCUCAAGAGUGAGAUCUGGAAGGUGAAAGGACCGCGAUGCGUCUUGCGCUUGUUCUAUGUGCUGGCUACGCUGGAGCGAGGUGCCUUCGAGACCAUCAUGAUGCAGCCCCAGCUUCGUCGAGUUCGACGUUUAGCACAGCAACGAGAAGCAUACGAGAAGAAGGCGCUACUGCUGCAGCAGCGCGAACAAGCGCUCUUGGCAGAAGCUGGAGAACGAGCCAGCUUUCAGCCUCAACGACGUGUCCUUCAAGCCGAAGAUCAUGCCGAGCAGCUGCGUCCCAAGGUGGAGCACCGUGGCAGGAGCAAGUUCUUGACUCCGGUCCUGAGGUCGGACCCCAAUUGCAGCCACGUGGACACCAAGCAUGGCUGCAACUCGGAAUGGGCAUGGACAAAGUGUGUUCGAUGCAAUGCGGUGGAACAAGUUCCAAAGAUGGACCUCGGCGAGAUGAGCAAGUGGAACUCGAUCAUGAUUUUCCAGCCGCCGAACUACAAGACGCCCACCGAGAAGAAGCUCGAGAAAGCCUCCGAGCGCGAGAAGAAGAAGGACAGACAACCCGGGACUCCUAUGCCGAGUUUCGCGGCGAGCUCCUGGAUGCCACCUGUGCUUAUGGGUCAGCUGUCGAUGCGCUCGGGCAGCCAGGGCAAAGCCAUGGAUGUGGACCAAGCUCCUGUGCAGAUGGGCAUUGCCACCCCCGACUCCAACGAGCCCCCGAUCUCCGAGAUCGAUGUGGACGAGCAGGACCUCUGGUUACGGGAGGGGGCCGAGAUGGUGAUGCCCGGUCCUUCGCAGAAGUGCAAGAUGUGCCAUGGCCUGGUGCACCUGAUGAAGAAGGACGACCAGUUUGUCUGGGGUUGCCUGGGCGGUUCAACGACGUGUCCCCACAAGUGGCUGGACAACAGCAUGCCGCUUGUGCCUGGGGGGUCAGAAGACGCCGCUUGUGGAAUGUAUGCAUCGCGGCCGGAAGGCACUUCGGUGCCCAACGUGCGACGACCUGACCCUGGAGGUGGAGUGGCCGCAAGUGAUGCGAGAAUUCGAAGCGAGAGGUGGAUACCAAGUUCCUCUUGCGAAUCAGGAGUUGCUGGUGACGGCCGGGCCAAUGUCAUGAUUGGCUGGCUUGGUGAUAAAAGUGUGCAAGAUCAGCUGGGGAAUGUGUCUGAGAUCCUCGGCCUAGUCAACCCGAGCAACUCUGUGGCUCACUGGUGCUACGGGCGCUAUGUGCAUGGCAAGGCACCUGUGAGAAGCCGGUCUUUCUUUGGAACCCGGCUAGUGGCGACCUGUCCUCAACCUGGUCGCUGGAACAUUGUCGACAUUGACAAACUUUUCGAUAUCAUCAAGCAACACUUGACAGUCAAUGUCCUGAGGCAAGAAACGUCGUUGACUGAGGAUCUCCUUCCGCUGGCUCAUGCCCAAGUUCAGGUCAUCGACAGAGGGCGUAGAAAGACCUUCUUCCCACAGCUCAAAGUAAUUGAGCGAACCACUCAGGGAUCUAUCCAGAGCCUCAGAGAGUUGCUUCUUGGCGGCUUUAUCCAGGGUCACCUCAUAGCCAUCAUGCUCCAUUUCAUUGAGGUACGUUACAGAGUCAUCGGUGAACUCCUGGAUCACCAAGGCAUUCAUUUCCAUGCCCAGGUCAUAGUCGUGGAGGCCGCCGUUGGGAAUGGUGUCCGGCACCUGUGGAAGGACUACUAUGGUCAGGCGAUGUACAUCUCUCUGAAACCUGCCGAGGCUUUGUUGCCUCAGAUCGGGCCAGGUCACCGCACCUCGCGUUGGACAAUCGUGAAGGUUGGUUUCAAGGAUUGGCGGUGGUUGGAAAAGGGAGCUACUGGGAAGUGGCACCCCGAAGCCCGGAAACAUCAAGCGGUGAUUGUCCUCUACUACUGGCCAGAACCGCCUGACAGCGCUACGUAUGUGGCUUCCUAUGAUCUCACUGAUCGUGAGAAAGCUGAGGUGCUUCGAUGCCACACCAAUCUUGGGCAUCCCAACAACCGGGAGUUCAUCCGUGUGUUGAAGUCCGCUGGCACCCGGCAUGAUAUCCUACAGUAUGUGGCCCGAGAGUUUCAGUGUCCUGGGUGUGUCCAGGAGAAGCGGCCUCCCACGAGACUUCCCUCAGCAACGCCCCGGGUGUACGAUUUUAACGUCAUCUUGGGAGUGGACGUCCUCUUUGUGCACGGGGCCUCCCACCGAGCAGAACAUCCGGUUCUCAAUAUUACAUGUCUCGGGACGUUGUACAGCACCUUUGGUGUGAUCGAUGCCCGCAAGCGGUCUUCUGAGCUGACCUGGAAGGCCUUCAUGACUUUGUGGCUCAGGGUGUUUGGGCCACCAGCUUGCGUCUUGUUUGACGAGGGGAAUGAGUUUGUGGGAAAGGUGUUCCAAGAAGGCCUGGAACAGCACGGCAUCCGCCCGAUCGAGAUCAACCGGCAGUCGCCUUUCGAAUUGGGCACAGUGGAGCGCCGUGGUGGAAUGUUCAAAGAAGCCUACUACCGGUCACGUGAACUACGACAACCACUUGACUUUGCAGAGACGGAGAUGCUGGUCUAUGAAGUCAGCUGGGCCAUUCAGACCUUGACCAACCGGUCUGGGUACAGUCCGGCCCAACGAGUUUUCGGCCGUCAACCUCGAACCACGUUGGAUGCUCUCUCCGAUGGUGGCGAAUUCGAGCUGAGCCCCACCACUGACUCAGCAUGGCAGCGAGCUCAUGAGUUCCGUAUGGCUGCGCGCAAGGCAUUGAUUGAACUGGAUGCCAAGGCCCGUGUGAGACGUGCCAAGUUGGCCCGUCCUCGCCAGGAGAUCAACAAGCUUAAGUUCGAUGAAGGUGAGCCGGUCCUGGUGUGGAAGAUGGGUCGCCGCGGGAGCACAGCCAAAGUCGGACUGUGCUGGGUGAUACUCCAGAAUGGUCACACGGUCUGGGUUUUCAAGAUGAGCAAUGCGGACAAAGAUGGCCUGGAAGCUGUUCCCGAGGAGUUUCUACAGGCUAAGGAACUGGACCUUGUCGAUGAUGAGGUUUCUGCCGUGAAAGAUGAGAUCUUGUCUGAAGGACAGGCGGAGUGGCCCCCAGCAGGCAGUGGCACCAUCCUCAAGAAGUGGAUCCGCUAUGACAGAGGUGCCAACCGUUACCGGACGUCAAACAGUCAGGGGCCAAUGUGGAGUGAUGUCGUUCAGAGAAUUACCGUUGACAAUGAGACAGGCCGAGUCAUCAAAAGGGAGGACAUUCGAGGCAAUGAAGCCUCACGUGACCUCCACAAGCCCUUGCCGAAGAAGCUGAAGUCUAUCAAGACAGUGCUGGUGUACAAGAAAGUUGUGGGUCAUCCUGAUCCUGGAGUUCUGCUGUCGGAUCCAGACAGGCCUGAGUUGGAUGAUGAGCCUGUGCCAGAGGAUGCGCGCCUGAUUGAUAGGCGUGUCAAGCGAACUCUGGAUGAUCCGGCCGGUGAAGAAGGCUCUGCUCCUCAACGUUCCAAAGUCUUCGGCGUUUGGAUGGCUGAUGUCCAGACUGAGUUUGGUGACCGUUCAAAGCAUGUUGCUGUUGCCAAUGCCCGGGACCUCAAGCUGUUCAGUCGAGUUCUAGAGCGUGACAUGGUGUUUGAGCAUGCUCAGAUCUAUGGCUCCCAUGUGUACUUGACCAAGAAAAGUGGCAAGGAAUUGAAUGAGAAGAACUUCACCAAGCAGGAGCAGGAGCUCUUCAACGAGGCCAAACUCAAGGAGAUUAACACCCUUGAACAAGGGAACUCGAUCAGGUUCAUCACAGACCCUGACGAGGUGCAGCGAGUCAAGAAAGAACUGGGGCAUCGCAUCAUGCCGUCUAGGUUCGUCCUCACAAAGAAAUCCCAGGAGCUGGGGGAGGCUUGGAAAGCCAAGGCCCGUUGGAUAUUGUUGGGCCAUCGUGACCCCGACGCUCUGGAAGUUGAGCGUUUCAGUCCUACCCCAUCGGGGCCCACGGUGCAUCUGGCUUUUCAAUUGAUUGCGUCGCAGCGUUUUGGCCUGGAAAUUAUGGACGUCACCAGUGCCUUUGGUCAGAGUGACGCUGAGGUCCGAAAGCAAGGACCCCUCUACGCCAGCAUGCCGACUACGGGGAUUCCUGGAAAAGAGCAAUGGAUGUUGGUGGAGAUUUUGACUGCCAUCUAUGGAUUGGUGAACGCGCCAGCCACGUGGCGCCGUACUGUCCGUAAGGUCCUGUUGUCCCUUGGCUACUCGGAAUCCAUUUACGAUCCAUGUUUGUUUAUCCUUCACUACAAUGCGGAGGAGCGAGCACAGGGCGCCUCCCUUGGAUGCGCCGGCCUGGUCUUGUUGGACGUGGAUGAUUUUGCCCAGGGCGGAGGUGCUCGCCACAAGCAAUUGAUGCUGAAACUAAAAGACCGCUUCCGGCUUGGAAAGUGGGGGAAGUUUGCUGUGGAUUGGGAAGGAGCAGUCAAUAAAACCAUUGCUGAGCUCAAGAAGACGAGCGACUGCUACCUGCGGAUCAUGCCGAUUGACCUGUCAGAGGGCAUGUGGAUGGCGGUCAGCGAUGCUUCGGUGGCCAAUGACUCCGAAAAGUCUCAAGGUGGCUUUGUCGUGGCCUUUGCUGAGAAGACCAUCAAGGACGGCAAGUUGGCUAUGUUCAGCAUAAACUGCUGGCGAUCACAUCGACUCAAGAGAGUCGUCAAGGCUUCACUGGGUUCUGAAGCUCUGGCCAUGGACGAUGGACUUGCAGAGCUGGAGUGGCUUCGGGCGAUGUUUGCUGAAUCAUGCGUGGCAAACUCUACGAUAUGCGAUGGAAGCCGUUUUGGACCAGGCCUGGACUCAAUCAUGAUUGUGCGCCAGCAGGACGAUGCUGAAAGCAUCCUUGUGACGGAUGCCAGAGCUCUCUACGAUCCUUGUCACCGACGAAGUGGAGCUGCCGGCCUAUGCCGUCGAGCCCAAAUUGAUGUAGCCGUGCUAGCAGCUUCAGCUCAAACGCUUCAGGCACUUGUUUUCUGGGUUCCCGGCACUUUUAUGUUAGCUGACUGCUUGACAAAGCGGGUUGGUAAUGCAUCACUUAUGAGAAAGGUGAUGCUUUCAGGGCAAUACGCCCUUCAGCCGGGGCCUCUGAAGAUCCUACUCGACUCAGCCUCGGAUGCACCCCCUGGUGGAUGUGAAACCUGUUUCGAUAAGCCCGAGUCUGUGUCAUCUUAG